AUGUUGGACUUUCUCAUUCCAGGCAAGCCGCUCCAAUCCCAUCGGCCUUGCUCGGCCUCAUUUGGAACCCAAACUCUCUUCCCAUCCGCGAUCACUCCGACCGUCCACCCAUACCCUCCCAUCCCUUCCCCAACCCGCUUUCCUAAAAAGAAAAAAAAAGAAGAAGAAGAAGAAGAAGAAGAAGAAGAGGAAGAAGAAGAAGAAGAAGAAGAAGAAAAAGAAGAAGAAGAAGCAAAAAAAAAAAACAUGAUCAACCUCACACGCCGUCUCCGACACCGACUCCCCCCCUCCCUCCUCCCAACCCCAAAUCUCAACCGAGCCCUCUCCGCCCCCAUCACCCCAACCCCGAAACCCAAACCAGAGGUCCCGGCCGCCAGCCACACGGAGCCUCAGAGGAGGUCCGGCGCCGGGGAAGUCGGGCGCGAGGCCGUGGCGUUCGACGGGGGCGUCGUGCCGGGGCUGACGCCGACGAUGGCGAGGUUCACGCUCGGGGGGAAGGUGGCCGUUGUGACGGGAGGUGCCAGAGGCCUAGGCUGGAACAUGUCCCAAGCCCUCGCCGAAGCCGGCGCGCAAGCCAUCGCCCUGAUCGACGUGAAGCAGGAUCUGGGGGACGCGGCGGCCGCGGAACUACGCUCGACGGCGGGCAUACCGGUCCGGUUCUACAGAGUCGACGUCCGGGACGCCAACGCGGUCGCGGACGCCGUGGCCCGGAUAACCUCGGACCUGGGUUCCGUGGACAUCGUGAUCAACUCCGCCGGGGUCGUAGACUCCAACAUCAAAGCCGAAACGUACGACGCCGCCAUGUUCCGCAACCUCCUCGACGUCAACCUCACCGGCUCCUUCCUCGUCUCCCAAGCCUGCGCCCGCCACAUGAUCACCGCCCGCGCCGGCGGCUCCAUCAUUUUCCUCUCGUCCAUCGCCGGCUCCCGUGUCCUGCACCCUCAGCAACAAUGCGCUUACAACGCCUCCAAAGCAGCCGUAGCCCAACUGGCCAAAUCCCUCGCCGCGGAAUGGGCACCCCACUCCAUCCGCGUCAACACCAUCGCACCCGGCUACAUGGACACGGCGCUGAAUCGCGAAGCACUGCUCGAAGGGCAGAAGAAGCAUUGGAGCGCCAUGACGCCGAUGGGGCGAUUAGGCAGACCGGACGAGUUGAACGGGCUGGCGGUAUUUUUGGCGAGCGAUGCAAGCGGAUUUGUGACAGGGGCCGAGAUACUGGCUGAUGUGAGUUGUAAUCUUCAACAAUUAUUUGCGGAAUGGUGGGAGGGGGAGUUGCUAAUGGCUUGA